AUGAAUUACCAACAAAGAGAAGUUCCUUUUGAAUUAAGUAAGGGAAUUAAUACUAAUAAAGUAGAUGAAGACAAACUAAAAAAUAUUAUAAAGGAUAUAGAUAAUUACUAUGAUUCUAAUAAUUCCGAUUUAAAUAGUGUUUUGAAAGAAUUACAGUUUUAUAGAAAAAAUAAAACUAAUUUAAAAUUAUUAUUUCAAAUUAAAAAUAUAACAGUAUGCUUUAUAAAAAAAUUAAAAGAGGAUUUGGAAAAAUAUUUAAAUGAGGAAAAUAGCAAAUUUAAAGAUGAUUAUUCAAAAACUAUUAAAUUAAAAAAUAGUAAAAUAUUAGGAAGUUAUAAAAACAAUAUGUAUUUAAACAAUUACUUAAAUAUUGAUGUAGGUAUAGAAUAUGAUAUUGAUACAAAAUUAGGAAAAAAAAGUAAAUAUAAAAAUUUUCAUAUGUACCAUAAUAUGUAUAUUAAUUUGUUAAAACAUUUUUUUUAUGAAAAAGAUUUUAUUAAGUGUAUAAAAGAAUCAAAUAUAUCAAAUAGUCUUGAUAUUUGUAUAUGUGUAAAUAGGUGGACUAAUAAAAUUAAAUCUGUUUUGAUGUUAAAUAUUUUUAGAAAAAAAACAUUUAUUGGAAGCAUUAAAGUAUUAUUAUAUCCUACAAAAAAAGUUUGUUAUAGCUUUUCUAAUGUUUAUAAAAAAUAUUAUAUGGUUCUAGAAAAUAUAGAGGAUAAAAAUUUUAAUAAUAAUAAUAAUAAUAAUAAUAAUAGUAAUAUAACUGGUACUACUGAAAAAAUUAAAAAAAUUACUAGAAAAGAUGGAAAUGAUAAAAAAAUAGAUGAAAAAGAAAUUGAAAAUAGAAUGAAUAAAAUACGUACAAAUAAAAUUAUUUUAAAAAAUUUUAUAUUAACAGAAUGUCAUAUAAUUGAAUGUGAAGAUAUAAUAAAAAAUGCCAUUAAAAAUUUUAAAGGAUACAGAAAAGCUGUAAAACUUUUAAAAUUAUGGUGUAUAAAUAAAAAGCUAUUACAUGUUUUUAAGUAUCAAAAUAAUAUCAAAUUUAAGAAUUCGGAAAAGUAUAAAUUUUUGAAUUUCUUUUAUCAUGGUGACAUUAAUUCAUUUAUUCUUGGUCUCCUUUGUAGUUAUGCAUGUUUUUCCUUUAAAUUAAGUAAUUGUGAUUUUUUUCAAAUUUUUAAAAAAACUGUAAAUUUUAUAAGUUCUAUAAAUCUUUGUGAAUGUUUUUAUGAGUACCAAAAUGGGAUAUACAAAAAAUCAGAACAGAAAAAUAAUUCGCAACCACAUGCUUUUUUAAUAAAUUCCAUAUAUGAAAUAUUUCAAAAUAAUGUGUGUUCUUUUAUUGAGUUAAUAGAAGAAGCGAAAAAAGCUGAAUAUUAUCUGAAGACAAAUAAUUUCUUUGAAUUAUUUCUUUCAAACAAUAACUGUUUUCCAUUUAAUUAUGAAGAAGAGUUAUUUUUCCCAUUACUCAUAAAUAACAACUUUUAUAAUUAUGAUGAAAAAAUUGGUUAUAUAAAAAAAAAUCUAAUUAAAAGUUUAGACGAUAGAAUAGAAGAAUUAACUUUUAGAUUAGUAUCAUAUGACUUUUAUGAAAAAAAUUCACAAAAUCUAUCAUGUAAUAAUAAUAAAAUAAAAUAUGUUAUAAAGAAUGAAAAUAACUUAAAUAAGAACCAAAAUGGAGAUAUUCUAACUAUUUUUCAAGAUGUUUUUUUUAGAAAAAAUAAAGAUAACGAAAUAACCAAAAAUAUAAUAAAAAAAGGAAAAUUACAAGGAGUUUCUUUUUUUAUAAAAACAAAUAAUACAAUGAGAUGUAUGGAUGUAUCAAAAAAAUUAUAUAAACCAGAAAAAAAAUCCAAUUUUAGAAAAUUUUGGUUAAAUAAGGUAAAAAUAAGAAGAUUUGAAAAUAAUACAAUUUUUGAAGUAUUAAUGUGGAAAAAACCAGCAAAAAUUAUGAAUUUAAAAAAAAAAAAAAAAAGAAAAGAAUCAUGUAAUGAGAAAAAAACCAAAAAAAGUAGUAUAAAUAAAGAACAAGUAAAAAUAAAGACUGAAUCUAAAGAAAUGAUAAAAAAGAAAAAAUUACAAGAAGAUUUAAAAGAAUGUAAAAAUAAAGAAAAUAUAAAUAAAAGAUAUAAAAGCAGUGAAACUAACAAUAAAAAAGAAAGUGAAAAUAUUAAAAAUGAUAUUUUGAAAAAGGAAAAGAAUAGCAACAAUAAUGAUAAAACAAAUUAUACGGAGGAAGAUGAUGAAAUUAGCAAAAUUAAAUGCAACAAAAAUAAAAGUAUUGAAGAUACAGGUAAUUUUGUAUUUGAUGCAUUAUUUAGUGAAUUACAAAGUAAUAAAACUAAUUCCGUUCAUGUGCAAAUUAUUAAAUAUAUAUUAAAAACAAUGAAAUUUAAGGAAUGUUAUGAUUUAAAAAAUACAUUAUAUGAAAAAGUAAAAUACUUAAAAACAAAUGAUCACUUUUUUCAUUGUGGAAAAAAAGUUAAAAAUAAAUCUUUUUUUGUGUAUUUUACUAACCCAUUAUUAAUAAAAGAUUUAUAUUUUACCUAUUACGAAAUAAUUUUUGAAUACUAUAAUGAAAUAAAAAGUAUCAUUUAUAAUAUAAAUGAAAAAUUAUUCACAAUUUCCAAUAUUAAUAGUUCAAACAAUUUAUUAAAAAUGUCAGAUAUAGGUUAUAAAAAAAAUAAUACAAAAAUAAUAGAUGUUGUUAUAGAUUUAAAAUUUAACAGUAAUAUUUACAAGAACGCACAAAACUUUUUCAAAAACUAUGAAAUGGCUAAAAUUAUAAUAAAAAAUAAACUUACAAAUAAUGGAGGUUCUUUUAAUAAAGUAGAACAAAAAAAUUUUUUUAUAGAUGUUCAUUAUAAAUUAAUAAUUUUUAGAUUACAUAUAUUUGUUAGUAAAAUAAUAGAAAAAAAUUUAAUUCAAAUUACUAAUCUUGAUGAUGUGAAGAUUGAUUAUGUUGAAAAUAUUGAAAAAAUAAGAAAUUAUAUAUAUAAGCCACUUAUAUCAUCCUUUAUUUAUUUUUAUGGAACAAAAUUUUCUUCUUUUCACACCUCUUUAAAAAUAUGUAAACUAUGGUUUGUAUCAAAAGGAAUUUAUUGUGUAGAUGAAUUAGUAGAAAAUAUUUUAUUUUAUUUAUACACAGAAGAAUUUAAGAAACAUAAUAGUAUGAAUCGAUUUUUUGAAGAUAGCAAUUUAUCUAUUUAUAAUAAAAGUUUAAAAAAUUUUUUACUUCAACAUAAAAUACUGUACAUGAUAGGAAAUUUUGAAGAUAAUAAUUAUUUUAACACUAUGAUAAAGCAAAAACAUAGUAAUAAUAACCAUGGAUUAUUAACAAAAAAAAAUAAAAAUAAUCAGAAACAAAAUACUCUUGAUAAAAAUGAUAGUGAAGAUUUGGAGGAAGAAGAAACAGAUAGCGAUUUUUUAGGGAAUAGAGAAAAUGAGCAAAAUAACCAAACAGUUAAUAAUAGAGAUAAUUCAAAAAAUAACUCAAAAAAUAAAAAAGUUUCAUCCAUUCUCAAUUUAAAAAAAGAUGAAAAAGAAGAUGAUGCAUUUUUAGAUAACUUCUCCUUUUCUUCAAAAACUAUUUUAAUUAAAUUUUUAAAUUUUCUUAUAAAUUACGAUUGGAUAAAUAAACCAUUAAUAAUUGACUAUGAUGGUUGUUUGAGUGAAGAACACAAAAUAAAAUUAAUUAAUUCAUUCGUAGUUAGAAAAAAAAAUGGUGAAGAAAAAAAAAAAUUUUGGAUAUGCUCUAUAUAUGAUCCUCAUUGUGUAUUAAUUUCAUUACCACAUAAUCUAUUUGAUGUAAUAAUAAAUUCUGCAAAGAAUACUUUAAAAAUAAUAGAAGAUCUUCAUAAUAAUUUUGAUAAAACAAAGUGGUUUUCUUUAUUUCUUAUAGAAAAAAGAAAAUAUGAUAUUAUUUUACACUUUAAUCAAGCAGAUAAAGCAUUAAAACUUUUCAAAAAAAAAAUGAUGACUACGGAAAGUAAAAACAAAAAAAAAGGAGAAAAUUCCCAUAGAAAUAAUGAAACCGAUGGAAGUAAUAACAAAAAAGAGGAAGAAAAUUUUGAGGAAAACUAUAUAAAUAAUGAAAAAAAUAUGGAAAUAGACGAAAAUAACAAUAUUGAUGAUAGUGAGAAUAACAUUUAUAAGAUGGAAGAAAUUUAUGAUUUAGAUUAUUUAGAGAAAAUAAAAAAAACAAAUACAAAACCAUCAGAUAUGUUACAUAAUUUGAAAAAGUGUGAAUUACUACAUAUAUAUAAAAAUCAUUUCGACAGUUUUAUUAAAAAUUUAGAACAAAAUUUUUCUUCUCAUAUAACUAUUUUAUAUAAUUCCUUAUGUUUUGAUGAAGUUUUAAAUACUCAUAACUUUAAAAAAAAAAUAAAACGUAAAUUAAAUAAAUUGCCAAAUAAACAUUCUGAUAUACUUAAAUCUUGGAUGCCUUAUGUUUUUAUUACAUUUAAUCCUCUCUAUAUUAAUAAUGUAGAAAUAAUGUCAAAUCAAAAUAAUCUACAAAACAACUCAUUUAACUCAUCCAUAGCUUUGAACAAUUUUAAUUUGUUAAUAUAUUAUAUAAAAAAUAAUGCAACAGAUAUACUAAAAGAUGUUAAAUUUCCUACCAUAUAA